AUGCUCGUACGCCAACUGGUGGAUGAACAUGAUCCGAAGUACGGUGUGGGCUCAAUGACUUGGUCCCCUUAUGAUACAGCGUGGGUCUCAAUGGUUGCAAAGUCGGUAGACGGCAAAACUCAGUGGCUAUUCCCAUCCGCUUUCGAGCAUCUGUUGCAGAACCAGCAUAACGAUGGAGGAUGGCACACGUCGUCAUAUGACACUGAUAGCAUUUUCAACACCCUAGCGGCUACCUUGGCCCUUGCCAAACAUAUUGCGGCACCAUUCCAAUUGCGACAGCCCGCCAUCGACGACCUUAAGCACCGCCAGAUUCGAGCGAUCUACUACUUGGAAACGAGACUAUCACAGUGGGAGGCUCCAUCAGCUUCGUCUAAUAGAAGUGAGAUAAUAGUAGUGAAGCUACUCCAGCUUUUAGCCGCAGAAGGCAUUGAAUUUCGUUUCUCGGAGCAAGAAACAUUGUACGAGCUCGACAGAAUUUCACGGGCCAAAUUCGACUCGUCCUUGUUUCAUAGCACCGUCAGGUCUGCGGCAGCGCAAUUCCUCGAGGGAUUUGUGGGAGACGUUGAUUUCGACAGGGUGAGCCAACAUAGGAUAUCAGGGUCAAUAAUGGCAUCACCCGCUGCGACUGCUGCCUAUCUCAUGAAUAGCUCGACUUGGGAUCAAGAGGCUGAGCAGUACCUCGCUCAUAUUCUGAAUAUGGGAAGCGAACGUCCAACAGGCGCCGUCCCAUCUCAGUAUCCCACUACCAUCUCGGAGAUCACUCAACCAUUAACGAUACUACUCGCAAAUGGUUUCAAAGCAGAAGAAUUGGGCUUGUCACAAUUGGAAAGCGCUGCAGAUUUCCUGGAGUCAUGCUUGGCAAUUGACUCUGGUGUAAUAGGCACUGCCCCAUACAUGGAAUCUGAGGCAGACAGUACCGCAAAAACGAUCUCAGCACUUUGUCAAUUAGGCCGAUUGCCAAGCCCACAAAGCCUUAUUGUGAGGUUCGAGACGCGCGACUACUUCAAGACAUACACUGGAGAUCGAGCUACAAAUUUCCGUACCAAUUGCCUCACUCUCAAGGCACUCCUAGAUCUGAUUCCGAGUAACUCUGAGCAAGGUGCUCAGAUUGAGAAGACUGUUAGAUGGAUUACGGAUUUCUGGUGGUCAAGCAACGGAAGACUUCAUGACAACUCUAACCUCUCAUCGAAUUAUCCGACAAUGUUGAUGGUUGAUGCUCUCGCCCGUUUGAUAGAGCUCUGGGCAAAAGGCUUUGCACCAAUUUUUGACGACUUUCAGUGGAGAGACAAAGUCUUCAUCUGUCUUUAUCAGGCCCUAACGAGGACAAUGCAAGACCAAAAUUCUGAUGGAUCUUGGGGCCGUCAUGAAAGAUGUGAAUCAACAGCGUACGGGGUCCUCAUUCUGACGAAGCUUGCCACCUUCUCAUCUGCUCCUCGAGUCAAAGCUCAAGCCAUUCAAGCCAUUGAGAAAGCUCGAAGAUAUCUGAUCGAUAAUUUUAAGCCUCUUGCGGAGCCUGACCAUAUUUGGAUCGGAAAGACAGCCUUUGGGUCUAGUGUUCUGUUUCAGGCUUAUGUUUUGGCAGCACUCCAAGCCCCGCUUGUCAAGCACACAGCUUCUGUGGAAAGCCGCUACCAGACGUCUUUGGCGAAAAUCGCCAUUCAAACUAAGUACUAUGCUCGCAAGUCCUGGUUUGCAAACGUUCCGGAAUGGGAAAUUCAGGCAUGUCUCGUCGAGAGCCGGCUAUUUCUUCCUCGCUUAAGAGACAUGCAAUUUCGAAUCUUCCCACAGAGUCACUUGCAAGAUGAUCGGUAUUUCGAGACGAUCCCAUUCAUCUGGCUAGCUCCCAGCAUUCUUGAUCGACGAUAUGUAGGCGCUGAGCUUUUGUCCGAAAUGAUGAUCGCCUGGCUCUUGAAUCGGCAAUUAGAUGAUUAUAUCGAAGACUACAUUGCUGAGGCCUUUGCGGGCUGCAUUUUCGAGGUUGAAGAUGUCUUGGAGACUCUAUUCGAUGAAGGUGACUGCGCAUCACUCCUCGAUGAUUAUGAGACGAGUGUCCGGAGCUAUCAUACCCAGAGAGCAUCGAUGUCUACAUCCGCAACGACUACAUUAGAUGGUGUCAAGUCGGUCUUUCGCCGCUUCGUUUCCAACUUCAUUGGUCACCCCCGAGUUCUCAUGGCUGAUUACCUAGACCAGGAUCAACUUCGAUCAAAGCUUCUUGCUUUCAUGCAUGCUCGUAUCAAUUUACUUUCGAACAAUCCUGGACAGCCAACAAUGGUGGACUCCUCGGAGCUUGAAACGCAGACCGAUCGUACCCCUCAUACUUACGCUUUUGCCUAUCUCUCCUGUCUUACUGGCCCAUCUCGCAAGGACCAAAAUAGCCCGCAGGGGUCAUACUUUUUGCCCACUGCCGAACAACAGUAUCUGACAACAGCAAUGUGUCGCCAUCUUUCUACAAUCAGCUUCAUGUCGAACAGUGCUACAGACCAAUCUCUCAAUGACAUCCAACAAAGCACCACCCCAAUAAAGUCAGGAUUCUCGGCCUCUAGCAUAGAUGAAAGACAGAGCCCUUCAGUAUCCUCGGCCUCGUCUUCGGCCUCGUGGGAUAGUGAGGGAGAUUUCUCCCCCGUUUCCGCCAUCUCUAGUCAUUCUUCCGCACCAAGCAGUCUCGCGUCGACUGGAAAUCUCAAAAGCCCUACAACUGCUUUGAAUACACCUUUGACAAAACAAUCAUUACAACUGACUCGAUUGCUAAGUCACGAACGGAGAUGUCUCAACAUCUGCUUACAAAGCCUUGAUGCUACGGAAAUUGAUCAACGCACUGCAAACCUAUUGGGGCUCUUCGUUGAUGUCAAUGAACUAUCGGAAAUCAUCUUCAAGGAUCCGAAUGUUGGAGCCUCUUACAAGUCCACGACAGCCGAAGAGGUUAUCACGCAAGCUUGUCUCGAAUCUUCUAAACCCUCGACACCACAGAAUGCAGGAAGCCAAGGCUCAGUCUCACGGGCAAGAGCAGCUAUGGCUGUCGAACCACUCCAUCCGAAAAGGGCAUCGUCGUCCUAUGAACCCGGGCUUUGGGAAUCGUGCAGUCGAAAGUCAAGCCAUGAAAACAUCAGUGUCAAAAAAAUCAGUCCAUUGCAUCAAGAGUUCAAUUUUAAUAAGCCAGUGGCUCACUCAAGAGUGCGUCGCCCGUCUCAAUCUUCGAUUGAGAUGUCCCGCAUAGAGCGCAUAAUGUCUAAGAUGGGGGAAUCAGCAACUAAUGCAGAGACUUUGCCAAAGCUGAAGAACCGAAACACAGUCCCAAAGCCGACAAUUAAUCCUAUGCUGAAUCACGCUCUUCCGGAUGGGGGGCUAAUUCAAGCAGGCAGCGAGAGCAUAUAUUGUCUACCGACUCGAGGCCAAACUCCUGCACGCGACAAUACCACUCGCCGUCCUACUGUCAAAUUGGACGAGGAAGCCAUCAAAUUAGCAAAGGCUCGUAGGGAGACUCGAAAGUCGAUCAGCAAAGAAGCAGCUCAACGACUUGAACAACUGCGAAAGGUGAAACAGCGGGAAGGGGUAGAAGAAGCACGCCAAAGAGCGAAUUCUCUGCAGAACAAAGCCAUGGCAGAAGCUGCAAAAGCCGCGCCUGUAGACAUGCAUCCUGCUUUGAGGAAUGGACGCAGUCCUUCUGAGCCGGAAAUCACUUCUCCUGUUGAAGGGGAGGAUAUACAUGGGGAGAGCAAGGGUUGGAUAAAGGCACCUCCAGCUGAGUCUCCGGUCAAGUCUCCAUCGAGCCCUUUAAAACGCUUCGUCUACCUUUCUACACCUUGCACGCAGUAUGCGACAGCAAUGUUGAACCUCGUGAAGUCAUCACUCUCGCGCCUGGCAGGUGCACCAUCUCAGACCACGCAACCGUGCUCGCCCUCGACCCCAGCAGCUGAGGUCUCAUCAAAAAUGGUACCUUCCAAUAGCGACAAACCGCCAGUCGAAGCAAGCUCUCCGGAGCCGCGCGUGCAGAAGUCAAGUGAUAAAUCCAGCAUCUCCAUGGCUUCGGAAAAUGGAAGUGAGAUUGGCAAAACCAAAAAGCGGAGGAAGCGACGACCCAGAUCUGCUGCACGUCAAGGCGCAAACGCCGCUUCAGUUUCCCCUUCUCCUGAACAAUAUCCUCAUCUCGUUAUUCACCGCGCUCCCGAAGAUAGUGAAUGCCCACCAAUCGAGGCUGUACUACAAUCACUGGACGACUUCCCGGCGAGAGUUGAGGCGAACAAAGCAUGGAAGAAAUUCGAAAUCAACUUCAUGAUUGCAGACGAGCGCGUACAAGAAUUCGGAGACCGCCUUCGAAAUCAUUUCGUACAAAUGGGUUUCAACCCUAAGAUCAGCAUAUCGGAAGGGCCGGAUCUUAGUACGCCUGCUUUGUGUAACUUGAUUCGAGGGAUGAUGGAACAUGGCAAGGUAAGUGCCUCUGAGGAUGAAGCAGCCGCUGCAGCGCUUCGGGGCGAGUUGAGAUAUUUUCCUUGCAAUACCCCUGAUGUCCCGACCUUGAAAGGGGCAGGCGAUAAGCCCACAAUAUUUCAAGGUGUCUACUUGAACGAGUCGCAAUUUGGUGAAUUGAUGGUAGAAUUUACGACUGGCCGGGGGGUAUCUCAAGACCUUGGAAGUCCAGCUAAGUUUCAAAAAGCGUUGAGUGAAUGGCUCCAUCCGCAGCUUGCAAAGAUCGCAAAGAAAAGACAAGGCGCGAAGCACAAGACAUACGUAUCGAAAGACCUUCAAGAGGCCUGUCAGCCAGAGACUCACGCGGAGGUUGCGAGCAAGAGCUCCGAGGCCCAGAAUGCCAAUGCACCACCCACCAGGACUAAUAGGGCGAUACGGCGUCGAGAAAAACAUGCAAAACAGAGAGCUAAAAAGGACACGGGAAGGGAACAGACUGGUGCAAAUAAAGUCGCCAAUAGUAUGUCCACGAACAAGGACAUUCAGCUUUCCAGUGCUUUUCCCAUCGAGGUUCCGGAUCUUGAAGAUCCUAUAGAAUUCGAUGCUCAUUUUUGGGUAUUGCAGAAAGCUGCAGAAUCAUACACGAUGGCCCAGGUGGAAGAACUUAAGUCUCAACUCUUUGAGGAACCUCCACAUGAGAUUCUCCCUCGUGAGUCUGAAGCCUUGUGUAGAAUGGGCCUGGGAUCUUCAAGUGUGGAUGAUCUACUCAAAUGGCUCAAACAAAACAUUCGCAGAAAGCCAGGUAGCUACAACGCGACAAUGGCGGAGAUCAUGGUCCUGAAGCAGUUGAAGCGGAAAAUACUGAAUGUUCAAGGACUCGGUGGAAAGAUAAGCUGGAUUGAGGUCAAAUACUGCAUCGAAAGUGGGCAGCCUCUUGUUUUGGGCAAUUUUAUUUCACGACCUACCUUCAUUGACGAUCCUACACGCUACACUGUAGAGCCUGAGACCAUUCACGACGAAAAGCAGGGCAGGAGGCAGGAUAUGACAUCUAAGGCAAAAUUGUCCAUAGAGCUCGGAGGAGCAGCUUUCAACACCAUGAUUGUAAAAUGCAUGAAAUCCAUGAAGAUUUCGCGGAAUGCUCAGCAGAUACUGGCAACACAUGGAAAGUCUAGUGAAAGUCUGAAAGAUCUUUAUGAUGUCGCAAGGCCGUGGAUUAAUGCUGGGGGAUUCAAGGAGGGCAAUGACGAAGCUUUCCUGUUUGAGGAGGCUAAUAGACUCCUAGUCCAAGCAGGCCGAAAAAUCUAUCAAACCGUGUCGAAGAUGACGCCAGACCAACUCAAGAACUUACCCGUUGCUGCAAAUUCAGAUCCUCGGCUCUCCAAUGGGAGUAUGGUUAUUCUGGACGAGAAGGGCGUUCUAUCAUGUAAACAAAUCUCAGAUCAGAGACUCAUGACCGAAAUCGAUCAAGCUCUACUCGACCUCAAAGUCCAUACAAAGACCACUAAGUCGACUGCUGAGAUGGGUCACGCCUGUCGUAGUGCGAAGGAUCUGAGGGAUUUUAUGAGACGCCAUCCAUUAUCACCGCCGUACUACAGUGAUUGGGAAAUGCUGCGGAUCCUUUGCAUGUCCCAAGAACUUCUUGCUGUCAGUGAUAGAGUUGUACACAAACUCAAAAGGAACCUAGGUCAGAGCUUCAAAGCGGUGCGUGUCAGAGAAUUGAUAGCCGGAAGUAAGGAGGCUAUGACUCUGUUCGAUACAGCCCUAGACGCAGGUCUUACUGCGAAAGCUCAAACUUUGAUCAAAGAAUUAAGAGGUGACUGCAGUAAUGUGGCUGAAUGCCUAACUUUUCUUGAAGUGCGUGAGGGUAAGAGACCCUGCACUAAGAAAGAGGCAGAAAGGGAUAUAAGUCUGAGGGCAGAGCUUGCGGCAAUCGUCAGGAAUAGCGUGGAUGAGUUGGAUGAGUUGGAUGAAGAGCCUCAGCAGGACAAAGCCUCAAGAGAGGAAUGGCAUAAGACUUUGGUCGAUCAAUUUGACUGGAACAUGAUGAAAGAGGAAGAAGGUAGCAUGCCUUUCAGACCAAAGCUUGUGCCCAAAAGUAGACUCGGGAAGCCAACCCAAACUUCGGAUACGGGGCAGAUAGAAGCGUCAGGAACGGCAACGAAAAUAAUGGAGAAGCUUGAGGAGGGAAAACUGCUAAUACAAUCUUUAGAUUAUAAAAAGGAGGAGACAAAGCUUUUGAAGUAUCAAAUUGAUGAACUGAGGAAGCAGAAUCCCAGCAUGUCAUGGCUGGACGCUAUACUCAAAGUCGAAGACAAGCUGCAGGAGAAGAGGAUGCAAUUGGAACGUUUAGAUCAAGAUCUCGACAAUUUGGAAAGCAAAGCAGCGUAUGAUGGCAAGCAUAAGACGACAUUGACAGAUGCUUCCGCAACUUUAAUGGCAGCGAAGUCCUUCAUCUCCGAGAAUAAUCCUCUCGCUACAGAAACUCCGGACGAGACGUACCACGGAGAAGCCUUGGAUAAUCUGAUGGACACGGCCGAAAAAGAAAUCUCCAACUUUUGGAGAGAAAAUAUUGUGUUACAGAAAGCGAGCAAGGAGCAUCUCGAUCAGUACUGUGAGAGGUUGGCCGAUCUGAGGUUCUUCAAGCUCUCCGCGCCAUUCAUCCCUGAGCUUCGGCUAGAUCAGUCAUACACAAGCCACCCGAAUCCAAUGAUUGCUCGAAUACUUCAAGUGACCCAGCACGUUCGACCUGCAUUCAAAUUUUGCGCAUCUGAGCCGGUGCUUUCGUCGUCAUCUCUGGAAGCCCAACGUACCUUAUUUGGAGGAGACGGCGGUCUAUUGAACCCCACGGGACCUCACGAAGAUACAACGCUACCUGCACUUAGUACGGACGAUGGUUCCGUGACAGAGGUGCCUAAAGCAGGAGAACAGGAUAACGAGGCGUAUCCCCCCUUGCCAGUCUCAAAAGAGGUAUGCGCUAAGGUCCUAGCAGCCAGAGUCGACCUAGCGAGAAGAAAGGGCUGGCGUCUGCAGCAAGUCAAUGACAUUUCCUGGAAUCAUGUCCUACGUCCAGAUUGUGGGCCUCUCUUUGCCAGGACCCAAGAGGCUCUGGACUAUGCUUGCUCUGUCGCGAUAGAUGUCAAUUCGAAAGUCAUAAACAGUAUGGCGGACAGACGGUCCGGAGCAUUCCUAGAAGAGGGCAUGGAGGAGAGGAAGUUCAAGAACAAUUUUGCUGUCCCUUAUUGGAAAGAAAAUAAGCCGGACGCGACGAAAGUCAAGAUCGAUCUGGAGGAGAUGAACUAUGAGGAGUUGCACAAGGAGCUGCAGGAGACGCGGAAAGAGGGAAUGCUGCUCAAGAAAGCUAUUAUGAAUACUAUGCGGAAGAAGAAGCAGGAUCAGGGAAAUGGAGGGAAAGUAGCCGAGGGUUCUACCUAA